AUGGAACAACGUCUGGACGAGAAGUUGGCUAAACUUGAGAAUGGAAUCGACAAAUCGUUCAAGGUUGUGAACUACACAUUUGAGACGACAAUGAGGGCGAUUGAUGAUUCCUUGCAAAAAACAAUCCACGAAACCGAACACACUUCAAAGGAAAGGCACAUAAAAAUCCUGGACAAAUUGGCUAAAUUUGAGAAAGAUGCAAAGGAUCAUAUGGAGAAAGUGGACAUGCACCUCGAGACAGUAAUGCAGGCAAUGGAGGAUUCUUUGAAAAAGAGUGUGAAGGCAAACGGAGACAAUAUAGUGAACCUAAACAACCAGUUGAUUACCAAGAUGGAACAAAUUCAGCAACAACACGAUGCUCAAGGCAAAACGUCCCAGAAAAUGUCGUACCGUAAGCUCAUAAAGAUAGAAGAGAAUAAGGAUGCUCUCGACAUGCUUACAGAUUCGGUACGAAAUAUUAAUAUCCAAAGCAAAUUUAACACUCAGUUGCUUCACAUGAUGCAUCCAGUGCGUUCAUGUCGACAAGCUCUCAAGGUGUCAGGGAAAUACAUGAAGAAAAUUGAAGUAAAUUCAAUUCCAUUCGAGGUUCUCUGUGAACAAAAUAUGUUGGAUGGCGGCUGGACUGUGAUCCAGCAUAGGUUCAACGGUUCUGUCGAUUUUUAUAGAAACUGGACGGAGUACCGAAAUGGAUUCGGAAAUUUGGACGGUGAAUUCUGGCUUGGGCUAGAAUACGUGCAUCAAAUAACUAAAAACCGACCUCAUGAACUGCUGGUGGAAAUGAAAGAUUUCCAUGGAAACUACGGAUACGCUAAGUACGAAGAGUUUGAGAUAGGGAACGAAUCAGAGAAGUAUGCGUUGAAGAAGUUAGGCAAAUACUCAGGGACAUCAGGAGAUGCGAUGAGAAACGACAAGGAUGAAAAAUUUAGCACGUUCGAUCAAGACAAUGACAAAGAUGAACGGCAUUGCGCUGAACAGCGACACGGGGCCUGGUGGUACUGGCACUGCACCCAUUCCAACUUGAACGGCCGUUAUCAGAACACAACAGACGACGUGAGUGCAAUGUCGUCAUACGACUUCAAAAAAGACUGGCGUGGUCUGUCUUACUCGAGAAUGAUGAUUCGCGACAUUCUUAAUUAA